ACAAGAAUACACCGAUAUCAGGCCUCAACCGUCCGCAGCUUUUUGUGACCCGUAAACGGAAUUCAGGUUUUUGUAAGAGGUGGAUCUUUUUAGAGAGCUACAGUUCUCGAGACAGCUACACUGAAUCCGCUCGAGAAAGUGGGCGGGCUGUAAUCGGCCAAUGAAAACUCUUGUUGUAUUACAUCAAACAUGUCAUUCAAAUUGUUCAAUCGUCUCAUUCAAUUGUGUCGUCACACAACGCAGUACUAUAUCGGGUAAAGCGUUCUAAUUCAAAGGUGAAUUGCGAUAACUCUCUCAUAUCAGGUAGACAAUAAACACCUGUGUGACGUCAGUGUCUUGUGACCACAGGAACCAGGAAGAAUAAAAACCAAACCGAAAGUUAAUCAAAAUGGCUAAACCACCCACUGGAUGUACAGAGAGAAAAAAAUAUUAAUGAAGAAAAUGUAGCACAUAUGACCAACAUUUAGAUAUGGCUACUGCUACCACCUGGGCACAGGACAUCAUCACCUGUGAUCUAAACUGUGACAAGCCUGUCCAGCAAUUCUGUAACAGCUGCCAAGUCGGUCUGUGUGAAGACUGCAUCAACAAACAUGUAAAGGGUCUCAAGUCAAUGAAACAUGACAUCGUUCCCUUCACAAAGCGCACAGUCCAGCUGGUGUUCCCUCAGUGUACAUCUCAUUCCCACCAGAGAUGUGAGGGCCACUGUCAACAGUGUGAUGUCCCGGUCUGCAUGAAAUGUGUCAUGAGUUCCCAACAUAAAGGUCAUGAUAUAGUGGACAUGGCAGACAUCAUUACCGCGAAAAAAGAAAGAAUUAAAAGAGAGACAGAGGAAAUUGAAGGCGAUAUUAUUUCCAAGAACAAGAAACAAGAUUCUGAUGUUGAAAAGAUUUCCACAUGCACGGCCCACUUCUCUGGUUUAAUAAAGAAAGGUAAAGAUCAAAGAAAACAAUGGCACCUAGAAGUAGAUGACAUUUUUGACCAUCUUGAUACCCUAACCCAGUCCCUUAGAGAUUACCAAAUUACAGCACUGAAAUCAUACCAGUCCCAGCUCAGAAGUCAGAAUUCCAGUAUGAUCCAAACUGUUGAAGAAAAUAAAGAAAUUCUGAAGUCCAACAACGUGUCUGAUGUCAACAACUACAAAUCCAAACUGACUGAAUUCAGGAACAUCCCACAAGUACCUGAUGUAACACUACCAUCACUUAAAACCAACACAAUCCAAGGGAGAGAACUCAGCCUAGAGUUAGAGGAAUACAAAGCUAAACUAACACAGAGCACACUCUCCAGUCUGACAGAUGAAGCCUCCAAUGUAUCUAUUACAGAAUUAUUAAAAGAAGCCAAAGUGAUCACAAACAUUUCAGCAAAUAUUGAACCAUUAUAUAAAGUAGCAUGCGCUGGAUCAGAUAGAGCUUGGAUUAAUGGAACAGACAAAAUGUUACGAUGUGUUGACAUAUAUGGAACUGUCACUGAUUCUGUCACCAGUACAUGUAUGGAUUUCCCUGGUGACAUUACAGUGAACAGACAGGGAGAACUGAUUUACAGUGAUGCUGCUAAUAGAACGGUGAACAUUGUCAGACACGGGAAGAUCGAAACACUGAUCACCACACCACGGGGCUGGCAUCCAUGAGGACUGUGCUGUACCAGAUCAGGGGACAUCCUGGUCAGCAUGAAAACUCCUGAUUAUAGUCAUUACAAAAUUGUCCGUUAUCAGGGGCAGAGAGUGACACAGGAAAUAGAUAAAGAUGAAUGCGGCAAUCCAAUCUAUCAAGGAGGGGAAUAUGCAUCGUUUGUGACAGAGAAUAACAAUGGUGAUAUAGUGGCCUCUGAUCUUAAUGCUAGAGUAGUGGUAGUGGUGAACAGGAAUGGGAAAGUCCGAUUCCGAUACAACGACAAACCACCGGGGGGAUGGGAAUCAUUCUGUCCUGCACAGAUAGUGACAGACUCCAUGGGUCACAUCAUUGUGGUAGAUCAAGUGAAUAAUUGUCUUCACAUUCUAGAUCAGAAUAGACAAUUCCUGAGCUGUGUGGACAAUUGUGGAUUAUAUAGACCAUUCGGGCUGAGUGUGGACAGUGAGGGGAGGUUGUGGGUGGGACAGUUUGAUUUGGGUGAAGUGAAAGUGAUCCAGUACAUGAAAUAAACAGAACAAUAUUCACACAGAAUGUACAUGUAACAUGUGUAUCAAUGAAAUGUUUAUUUCCAUCAGCGUCAGGAAUCCAUAUCUAGACAUGAAUGAAAUGUAUAUUUCUAUCAGUGCCAUAUCUAUAGACACACGUCCAUUUCUGGUCAGGAUUCCAGUUAAUGAUUUCACACAAACCCCCCAUCAGAGACAUAAUGAUCAUGAAAACCAUUACAGCUAAUAUCAGACAGUUUCAUUUCUCAUGAUUAUCAGAUAUCAUGUUUUUCACUUGAAAUCUUUAUUGCCCUGAGAUAUAAAGGGGUAAACCACUGAUUAAAUAUAUCAUCUGAAUCCUAUGUGAGACAGCUACCAAUUUUUCUUCACCUAGAGUUCUUGUUUUGUUAAUUCACAAAAAUGGAAGGAUAUAACUUAUUGAAUACUACAUGGUAUCCACUAUAGACCAUGGGCCAGUAACGCAUUACCUCCUCCCCUCUAGCGAUUUUUCUACACCAUGAUUUUUUGAAAGUGUGUAUAAAAUAAAGGUAAAUGAAA